AUGUCUCCCCCGCGCCGUCGUUCGGCUCGGCUGGCCUCUACUCCUAAGGCCAAACCGGUGACAUCUAGCCUGACGUCUGUCGCUGAAGAUGUUGAAUCUCCCCAACGACUCCCCCAACUGAAGAACAAGAACAAAAACAAGAAUAAGAACAAUGCGGUUCCAUCCUCACCAGUUGCCGCGCCUUCGACGCCUGCUUCUUCCGCCAUGAAGCCACCCCACGAAGAGAUGCACCCGAGCAAAGCUCACCAAACUAUGGGUGAGCCAUCUUCCGCUAUGAGACUGGGCUUCGCGGACAUCAAAGACGUCAACCGCUCCGGCGCUGCACCCGACACCCCUUCCAAGAUAGGGGUACCUGCCUCUGAUUUCACGUUCCGAUUUACGCGCGAGACUGCCGACACCCAUCUCAGCGACGAUGCACAGCGGCUUAUGGAGGAGCUUCGAGGGCAGGCUGCCAAGAUAAAGGCAGACAUGGUCGCUCAGCGUGAGGCGGAGGGUUCCGACGUGGACGCGAAUGGUCGCAAGAUCGCCAAACCGAAGGGCAAGACCAGCCGUUACAGUGCGGCGCAUAUGGCUGAGUUUAAAAAGAUGGACUCUAUUGAGAACCACCCAUCUGCCUGGAGAGCCCAGAACGGACGUUUUCAGCCCGUUGUCCAGUCGCUUAAGCGAUCGCCUUCAAAGGCUAACCUUGAUACGACGCCGACUAACUCUCCCGACAAGUCUGGCCUGACGCGUUCGCAUUCGAAGGCCGACCUGGACAUUCCUCCUACCCCAUCAACUCCUCGCGUCACACAAAGCCUCAAGCGCAAGUCCUCGCGAGCGGACCUCGAAGAAUAUCAACAAUCACCCUCACCCAAGAAAUCCACUCUGCCUCCGUCUGGUCUCCCUAUGGCUCUUCCUGCAUCCUCCAAGAAGACACAGCUGUUCCCCAACGUGCACCAGCGCGUUAGUUCAAAGAGAUUUAAGCAGCGAGAAGAAGAUGACGCGACAACGAACCGACCUGUCUCACGCGAUGAUUCUUCAAUCCCUCGACCCAAGUCCAGUGGAAACGAUUCCACCAAAUCACCCACCAAACUGCCCACCAAGUUGCCUACCUCAAAGUCAAGCCUGGCGAGACUCAUGAGCCCAACAAAGGCAUCGAUUGCUCAUACAGGCAAACCGACCAUCUCUCUUACUAGAUCGCCUUCCAAGGUUGACUUGAAGAGUGGUCUGCCGAAAUCCACCAGCACUCCGGGCCUCCUCAUGCCCGGCAAACCAGCCACACCAAGAGCUCGCGUUAUCAGCCCAGGACGCUUUGAUAAGGUCAAGUCAAUCUUGCGAGGAACGCGAACACCCUCUGGCAACGUUCAAACUGCAAUUCCACUACCUACGGUUUCCCAAACACCGGCUCCACCCAAGCCUGACAACGACAAAGCUCUGCCACCUCUUCCGUUGACUACUCCUCGACGAAAGGUGACAAAGCACGUUGCCUUUACUCCAGAGGUUACCCGCAUCUCGUUUGAGCAAAACUCGCCAUCCCCCCAGAAGUCCUGUCUCAAGGCGCAAGUGACCCGGACUUUGGCGGACGAACAGUUUCAAGGCAUUGAUGGUGCCCUCGCAAAGGCUGAUUCAGGUGAUGUGGUUUAUCCUGAUCUCAGCGGUUUCAGACCCCUCCCCGAACUUCUUAGUCAACAGAAGGAAGCCACACCUGCGUCUGCCCCUGGCAAGUUCACGUUCCGCAGCGAUCAUACCAUCGAGUUUGGAGAUGCCCCUGUGCUGGGCUUUGGAGCUUCCCCAGGCCAGUCGAGUGUCCGUCAAGUGCGACAGUCCCUCAAGCCUGAUGCAAAAAUGCCCGGUAGUUUCCCCGGGGUCACUUCUCCCAUAGGCCCCAACAAGGAGAACAAGGAACCCGACUCGGGCAAGAUUCUUUUUGGAGCACCUCAUGGCAUGUCCAACAAGAAGCGACAUAGAACGAGCUGGGAUGACGAGGAAGCCGAGCAGAAGGACGCUGAGCGUGCAGCCAAGAAACGCAAGGCUGAGCAUGUCCCCGAAGGCGAGGCUCUUCUUGCUCCUCGUCUUGUUGGUGGCACCCCUAGUGCAAAGAAGAUUAGGACUAAGGCUGGCAGUGUGACCCCACGCGCCCCUGCCUCAGCAAGCCCUACCAAGAAGCGAGUCCUCAGCCUGAGCCGGCUCAACAUGCUUGCUCGACCCAAGCACCGAGCCUAA